CCCGCUGAAAACAGAUUAAAGAAAACCCGGACGUGUAUUUCAUUCCUUUUUAACAAAACUCGACACAUACAGCUAUAUUUUCACGCUAAAACUGUUUAACUGCCACUGAUGUAUCUAUCCAGUUGAGUCAAAUAUGUAAAGUAGACGGUUAUUUACGUCCGAGUACCGUGUAUGUAUGGUAUUUACUUGAUAAUGUUUUCGCAGAAGAAAAGCUCCAUUCCAAUCCUGCCCCUUAAUCCAUACCGGGUUUGGAUAUAACCAGCAUUUACAACCCGUUUUCAGGCAGGGAAAACAGCAUUUCAAGUUACAGCCGGUUAAAGCGAGCUUUAAGGAAGCUGGUGUGUUGAAUAUUGGCAGAGAAUUGCAUCAGUUAUCGUGAUGACGUCCAUAUACUGAUGCCCAUCGGCAUGUUUCUAUUGACGACGUGAGAACGGCAGGGGGAUUGAUGCUACAAUGAGUUCAUGGGAUUAGAGAUCUUCUGAGUCUACAGACAGUGUUACUGCCAACCAUGUUACCUAAGAGUCGUCUGGGGAAGCGUUCCCCAUUAGGGGCGUUGGUGUGUACCUCCUGCCCCUCCAUGGAGAGCACACUGGAGACAGGGGGUCAUGGGGACCCCGAGAGGGGUGUGGGGGGCCCAACCAUGGGAUCACCAGGGCCCCAGCAUCUCAGCAGGUUCAACAACAAACUACUUCCAGGACAGAAGGUGUAUGUGUUGUGUGGAGGGCGUGAGUGCACAGGGAUAGUGGAGCAACACAACCAUGUGGAUAAUGAGGUGGCCGUCCUACUGCCUGUCUUGGGACAGCAUGUCCUGAGGAAACUAGAGGACGUAUGGACCUGCCCCACCGUACCGCCUCCACCUUCUACUACGACACAAGGCACAGGCAGACCACACCAAAUGUCCUCCUGCAUCGACGUGCCCAGGAGGAGUGCGGAGACUAUGGAUGAGAUGAUGGCAGCCCUGGUUCUGACCAGCCUGUCCUGCAGCCCUCUGGUCCCGAGCCCUCCUCAGAGAGACACAGUCACAGCAGGUUCUGCUGGUAUGGAGUGUGGAGGCGGGGAACUCUCAGACAGUGGAAGUAGUGGCUACUGGAGCUGUGACCAUGGCUACGGAAGCCCGGCUCCCUCUCCACCAAUCACAGAAACAGAGGGUCACAGCCUGUCCAUGCCCCCUGAUGAGGGAUUGGACAUGGAGCAGGUGCUGUUUGACGAGCCAGCACCACGGAAACGCAGGAACUCAGUGAAGUUGGCCUACAGGUGUCUGUGGCCAAACUGUGGGAAGACUCUGAAGUCUGUCGUUGGGAUUAAACGUCACAUCCGGACCCUGCACCUGGGCCAAGUCAGUGAGCAUGAGCGUUGCUCCUGCAGCGAGGAGGACUUCUACUACACAGAGAUCCAUCAGCGGGAGGCGCGGCCUCUCACCCGACCUCUAGGGGUCUCCACCCCCAGCACCCCAUGGGUGGCCUCCACCUCCAGCCCCUCUCCCGCUGGCGUAGGACCAGGAGCUGGAGGAGACUCCCCCACAGAAGUGAGCCCCCAGCUCAGCCAGUCUGCCCCCUCCACCCCAGACUUCUUCUGGCAGGUCCACUCUGAGCACUCCUACCAGGUUCCAGUCCAGGUGGUAGCUCCACCUGUCUCGGUCUCCUCCUGCCAUUGUACCACACCUACCUCAACCCUCCACCCAAGACAGGGUGCGUCGUUCCGUGUGAGGUCAGUCAGUGUGGGAGAACAGUGGCUGCAGCAGCAGAGUUCCCCCAUCAGACCACACCCUGUCAGCACCUCUCCCCAACGCAGCCACUGGUCCGCAAGGAGAAUCCGUGGCGAGGCGAAGAAGUGCCGUAAGGUGUACGGCAUCGAGCACCGGGACCAGUGGUGCACCGCCUGUCGCUGGAAGAAAGCCUGCCAGCGCUUCCUCGACUGAACCCCUCACAGAAGAGGGGGAUGAAGAGCGAGAGAAAGAAAGACGGAGCUGUCCCCUCUUCGAGUGAAGACUGAGGAAAGAUCUGGGGGGUCAACCAGUGGAGCACCAUGUACGUUGAUGUUUAUUUCUUUCUUUAAAAAAAAAACGUUUUUGUACUUUUUACCACUUUACUAAAAGUUUUAUGUAUUUUGUUCAUGUCUUUGACAACUUUGGGUUCUUGUGUGUUGGUGCUCAUGGUGAACUCUGCGUGGGGCAGGCAGUUAAAUGACCUAUGACUGGUAAGCUAUGACCUUUACCAGAAGCAUAGUUUUGCAUCUCAAUUCCCCUGUCUUCCUGCCCAGGGAGGGGCUAUAAAGGAAGUGGAACGUGUGAUCUUCUCUUCCAAAUCUUUGGCUAUAACAUAUAAACAGCAGCUCUUCUAUACCCAGCAGCUAUAUAGGGGAUGUCUAUAGAUCUAUGACAUCAUGCCAUCCAUAUCUUGGCUUGGAAACAAGGCUUUUGCUGCCUGUUGCUAAUUGUGGGCCUGAGCCAGACAGGAGCUGAGCAGAACAUCUGAUCUGUAAAUUAACCUAACUUCCAAACGCCUGGGCAAGAACAGAUCCGUAUGUUACAAAGGUUAACCGAUCCAUCAGGCUUUGGCUUCCUGUCUGCAUGCAGUGGAGAAUGAUGACGAGGAGAACGUAAAGUGAUACUAGGAGGGAGCUAGCCCUAUGUGACAGAGGUGAAGCCUCACUAAAUACUUAGGUCCUGUAAAUAGCAUGCUUGUUACCAUGUCGGAGAAGAGAUUUGCAGUCAACUUGCUCAUUUACUUGUUAAAAAGUAUUGAGUUUCAUUUAUACCAGCUCUUGUCAAUUGCAUAUAGUGCACGGAUUGGUUGAGAGAAUCUCCCUUGACCUAUAGGAUUCCAUCUGCUCAUGAUCUACCCAGCGUCGGUAACCAGGAAGUUGUGUCCUAAACAUUGAGAAUGGAUUGGAGGAGGAGUAAAAUGCAGAUUUGGGAGUCAUUAGCCCAACCUGUCUGUCAUAAGCCAUUUAUUCCUGCAAACGUGUAUGUAGCUUUUUUGUAAUGUAUUUGGCUUUUUUAAGGGAACAAAAACAUGUUUUUUGGUGAUGUUGAAUAUGUUAAUUUGUAUUGUGUUUCGUUAUAUUAUCCAGAAAUGUUGUCUAUAUUUUGCAACUUGUCGUUUUUCUAAGGUGUGUUAAAUGCAAUGUUCCGCCAAGAAUUACCAUGUUGUGGGAUAUAGAAAUGAAUUCACAUACUUUAGACCAAUCAGAUGUCAUACACAUUGAUUUUCACUUCUCUGAGCAUGAUGUAACCAACUGUUAAAGUUAAGGACCCAGUAUCUCAUCCUUCUUGUUAGCAGCUACUGUAGCUAUCCUUUCUGGUAUGCCUUAAAGUCUUCUUAGUUACACCAGAAAUAGUCUAUAAUAUAGCCUCGUAACAGGCUUUGGUUAUGCUAACGGAUAUCAUUUCAGAGCACUAGUCUAUAAUUAAAGAGACACUGUGACAGAAUAGGACAUGAAAGUAUUGGUUCCCUUUAAAACAUGGAGGUCAUUGGCAGCUUUGGUCUCUUAUUCACAUUGUUGUAAUAAAAUGAGCCAUUUGUAUAAAUAUAUUUUGUCAGGAAUCAAAUCUCCAUACAUUUGCCAUAUGCUUGGAUAUCCCACACUCCAGUACCAGCCUCGGUACUGCUGAAACACUAACUGAAUUAUGUUAUCGAGGUUCCAGGUUUGAUGUGGAAUGUGCCACGUGGUGCCAAUAAUAAGAACUAAAAUAUGGUGCCAAGAUUGAGUCUGAAAACAUUUACAUGGCUAAGGGUUUAUCUAGAAUGUUAUGCUGCAUUGUGGCCCUAAACCCUUGUCACACUGCCACUUAUUGUAAAUUAACUUGCAUAAACAGAUGUUUCAUAUGUUAAAACCCAAAAUGCUUGUUUAUUGAAACUCAUGUUUCCUUGCAGUAAGCCAAUGUAUCCACAGAAGCAAAAAAGUGUUAUAUAUUGUGUUAUGUAUAGUUAACUGCCAAAAUAAUGGAAACACUUGAGUAAAUGAGGGAUACAAGGUAUAUUGAAAUCAGAUGCUUCCACAAAGGUGUCGUUCCUGAGUUAAACAAUUAACAUCCCAUCAUGCUUAGGGUCAUGUAUAAAAUGCCCAGUUGCCCAUUGUUUUGGCUACCAUGGCUAGAAGAAGAGAUCUCAGUGACUUUGAAAGAGGGGUCUUAAAGGUGCAUAGAGGGUUUAAAGAGCGUGUCUGUCACCAGAUUUGAACCCAAUUGAAUAAUUCUGGGAGAUUCUGGAGCAUCGCCUGAGACAGCGUUUUCCACUACCGUCAACAAAACAUCAAAUGAUGGAAUGGUGCCGCAUCCCUCAGAGUUCCAGACACAUGUCAAAUCUAUGUCGAGGUGUAUUGACGCUGUUCUGGCGGCUUGUGGUGGCCCAACACCCUAAAACACUGGUGUUUCCUUUAUUUUGGCAGUUACCUGUAUGUACUGUACCUGGAGAAAGAAAUGACCUCUGAAUAAAGUAAUUUUUUUAUUAUGAUGCACUAUUUUUAUAUGGAAUCUGGAAUGUCUUGGUCCUUUUGAUGUUGAAAUAUGCUUGAUAAAGAUUAACCCUGUC